GCAGUCAUCUUCUACUCUCAUUCAGCUUUCUUCUUUGGUUAGAAAUGGUGACUUCAUUUUCACUCUAUUCACUUUUCAUCUUCUUCUUUUUAACCUUCUUAUCAUCCAUUAACACCGCUGCUGCAAAUUCUAAACACCCGCGAUUCGCCUUUGAUCUCAUCCACCGUGAUUCUCCUCUUUCUCCACUCUAUAAUUCCGAUUCCACUUUUUGGGACAAAGCUGAGAGAUUAUAUGAAAGUUCAAUUGCACGCUAUGCAUAUAUAUCUUCCAAAGGAAUAAGUGGUAAGUACCGAAUUGAUGUUAAUGUUGAUAACUAUUUCUACCUUGCAAAACUCUCCAUUGGCGCACCAGCGGUUGAUGUCUUCGCGGUCAUAGAUACCGGUAGCGAUCUUCUAUGGAUCCAGUGCAAUCCUUGCGACCAUUGUCAGCCACAGACUGGACCAAUCUAUGAUCGCACCAAAUCAAAAACCUAUGCCAACGUAACAUGCGGCUCUUUAGAUUGUGAAUUAGAUCCCCACAUGGAUUGUGAUAGCAAUAAUGUGUGUCGUUACAAUAGUAAGUAUGUUGAUGGGAGUUAUAGCUAUGGCAUUAUUGCCACUGAUGCCCUACUGUUCAGGAACCCUGAUGGAACUGUGGUACCUAAGAAUGUGGCCUUUGGUUGUGGUAUUAACAACUAUGUUUCAGCUCAAGGCCAAUUGGGUGGAAUAUUAGGCCUUUCUGCAACUGAAAUGUCAUUGGUCUCUCAGUUAGGUGGAAAUACACACCAAAAAUUUUCUUAUUGUUUGGGCAAUGCAAGUGAUCCAUCUUCCAAAGGUAAUGUGAUCAUAGGUGGAGAUGCACAUAUUGCUGGCUUCAUGACUCCCUUCACAUUUGAUAAUUUGUAUCAUGUCAAUCCUGUUGAAAUUAAAGUUGGAUCUCAAAGUCUUAAUCUUCCUCCGGGGAUAUUUGGUCCUCCUGGGAAUGUGAUCUUAGAUAGUGGUGCCGUAUACACAUUUGUACCACCAGAAGUAUAUAAAAUGCUAGCAGAUGCUAUAUCUCAGACGAUCAAAAGCUUCAAGGUUAAACCAAUACCACCUCCAAGACCAGGGAUGUUAUGCUACAAUGGAAAUAUUGGCAGAGACUUGAAUGGAUUUCCAACUGUGACAAUUCAAUUUCAAGGAAAAGCAGCGCUGGUUUUAGAGAGAUGGAGUAUUUUCAUAGAUGAUGGAAAUGGAAGAUUUUGCUUAGCUUUCGCUUCUACUGGUGGUUCCAGUAAGAGAAGCACUAUUGGUGCCAUGGCUCAACAGUUUUACAAUUUUGGGUUUGAUUUUAAUACAAAGGAAUUGUCUAUUAUCCAUUCUGUUUGCAUUUACUAAGAAAGAUGGGGCUAGCUGGGUUGAUCAACUAACCCAACACAACUAAAUAAGAAAUAUUUGCCUUUUGGUUUUUA